AUGGUAACCAUAUCCCCCCAUGUUUAUAUGGUGCUUAUAUCAGAUAUAAGCAUGAUUGUCAACCAAAAAGCCUGCAUCACACGGUUACAUUUGUAUUAGAACCACCACAAAGUAAAAGGCAAGCUACUGGGGUGUCUGACUCCCCCUACAAUAACUGUACAAGGGGCAGGAGCCUGCACAUUCCAGGCUGGCCAAGCCAGUUUCUCUUUGGACUACAACUCCCGGCGUGCAGUGCAGUGCGCGCGGCGAUGACGCGGGGGGCGGACACGUAGACGACACGGGCUGGGCGUUACUUCGCGCAUGCGCGCGCCGCGGACUGCCUGGGCCCCAUCAGCAGCGGCGGACGGCGGUAACGGGUAGCGGGGUCUUAUCCCGGGGGUCUUCCGGCCGGCUGGAGGCGGUAUGCGGUUCUACGCGGCGAGGAGCUGCCGGUAACGGUAUGAAAACACCGCGCGGGGGGCGGGGCCAUGGCCGGGUGACGUCACGGCACCGCUGCGGAUGUCAGAUAAAGCCUGACAAUGGCCGUAUCGUAUUCCUCCUAUACUUCUAUACUAUACUAUCUCAUCACUAUACUAUACUAUACUAUACUAUGCUAUACUAUACUAUGCUAUACUAUGCUAUACUAUACUAUGCUAUACUAUACUAUACUAUACUAUGCUAUAUUAUAUUAUAUUAUAUUAUAUAGACACUCAGCGGGACAACACUCAGCGGGACAGUCGCAUAGACAUCAUAAUAAAACAUUACUUAAUAAUAUAAUGUACAUUUAUAGAUAAUAAAACAUCAUUUAAUAAAUAUACCCUGAUAUAAUGUACAUUUAUAGAUAAUAAAACAUUAUUUAAUAAUAAAUAUACCCUGAUAUAAUGUACAUUUAUAGAUAAUAAAACAUUAUUUAAUAAAUAUACCCUGAUAUAAUGUACAUUUAUAUAGAUAAUAAAACAUUUUUUAAUAAUAAAUAUAUCCUGAUAUAAUGUACAUUUAUAGAUAAUAAAACAUCAUUUAAUAAAUAUACCCUGAUAUAAUGUACAUUUAUAUAUAUAAUAAAACAUUAUUUAAUAAAUAUACCCUGAUAUAAUGUACAUUUAUAGAUAAUAAAACAUUAUUUAAUAAUAAAUAUACCCUGAUAUAAUGUACAUUUAUAUAGAUAAUAAAACAUUUUUUAAUAAUAAAUAUAUCCUGAUAUAAUGUACAUUUAUAGAUAAUAAAACAUCAUUUAAUAAAUAUACCCUGAUAUAAUGUACAUUUAUAUAUAUAAUAAAACAUUAUUUAAUAAAUAUACCCUGAUAUAAUGUACAUUUAUAGAUAAUAAAACAUUAUUUAAUAAUAAAUAUACCCUGAUAUAAUGUACAUUUAUAGAUAAUAAAACAUUAUUUAAUAAUAAAUAUCCUGAUAUAAUGUACAUUUAUAUAUAUAAUAAAACAUUAUUUAAUAAUAAAUAUAUCCUGAUAUAAUGUACAUUUAUAGAUAUAAUAAAACAUUAUUUAAUAAAUAUAUCCUGAUAUAAUGUACAUUUCAGCCUUGUUCUGUUUGUUCUCAGCCGUUUAAGACAUGAAGCCUUGUCACUCACAAUCAUAAACAAAAUAUAUGUAACAAAAAGCUAAACAUGUUGGUCUAGAUUAAAAGGAAAUAUAUAAUUUCUCUACAAAGCACGAAACAUAGCCGCUCACUAUAUGUAUAUUAGUAGCAGUUUGAGUAGUAAUAAUAUUAUAGCUUUUUCUUUUGUAACAAUGUUAUUAUUGUACUUGAACUGUUCGGUUGUUUCUUUAACCAUCGAUUGUAGUGCAAAAGCAAGAUGGCAAGGCAACUUUUUGUUUUUGCUUUGAAUAUUGUAAGAUGUGUAAGCAAAAGAGUGUUUACAUUACUUACACUACAGGGACAGACCCAGGACUACUAUAUUAAGCAGUAUUGGUUCUGGUGCCUGGACUGAUCCAGUUUAGGUAAUAUGAUGCCAUAGAUGGAUUUUAAUAAACCAAGAGACUGAAGGAUGAGUGGUUUACAAAUGUCCUUGCUUUUACCUAAUACAGAGCUCGCCACUAUGUCUGUUUUUUUACAUUAUAUUUGUAGGUUAGGGUUAGCUCAAGCGCAAUGGUGGUGUAAGGGUUAAUGGUUAGUGGUAGGAUACUGUAGUUAAUGUUAAGCAUUGGUGUGUUAUGGUAAUGUAGGGGUUAAGGGGAGGAGUUUAUACUAAGCCAGCACAUGUCCCAUUGCUACCUGAGAUCAGUGGGAGGUACAGUAUACAGGUGGGAGUGUGGAAACAGUUAAUCACUUGCAUAUUUUUACCUGUAUUGCUUCAAUCUGUGUCUUAAACACGUUUGCACUAUGAACAUUACUAAAUGCAGACGUGGUCAUGGAGAUUGGAGUAAGCCUUUAGAGCGGCACUGUCAUCUCCCCCCACUUCCAAAAAAACAAGUAUUUCAUAAAUAUAGAAUCUUCAUGAAAUACUUGUUUUGACUGGUGUUGUUAUUUCUUUUUCUUAUUAUGUUCUUUUUCCAAUAUUUACAGCAUCUUGCCGUGUGGAAAAAAAGUCCUGAGAAGCUCUCAUAGGGUUAACAUUGCUCUUACCUGCUGAUUCUUACACUAUCCAUCACCCACACCCACAUUAACACCUUUUUUUGCCAGCACCUACAGAGCUUGUGUGUUCAGAAAGACCAUUUCCUGUGCUUAAUCACAGAGAUUGCUAAACUUCCAGUAAACCAAAAAUGUCAUGUGUACUGAUCUGAUAUUCUCCACUUGGGGCAUAAAAAUGCUAUUUCAUACAUGAGUGUACGUUCCAUGCUUGUUGGAAGCAUAAUAUAAAUAAAUGUUUUCCUUUCAGAAAACCACUCUUAUUGGUUCUAUGCAUUUUUACAAUAAAUGUCAUGCACAAUUUUUGGCACAGUUAUUGAAUCCAAAGAAAAUAAAAUUUAAAUAUUUAAGCACAUGGUUUAUUACCAUAGCUUACCUUAAAGAAGGUACAAAAAAGGUUUCUGACUACAAGUUCUAUAGCUCCACACCACGUUUUUUCAUACUUACAAGCCGCGUAUGAAACUAGUUGGCCUGGUACAUGUAGAAAUCAUUUGCUGCACGAUUAAGGAUUCCAAUGCAGCGCAGCUGUCUGAACCCAAGAACAUAUGCGGCUGAUUCCAUAAUUGGUGUUAGACAUACUUGGUGUUUAUAAUGAUCAGAUUGUAUUUGCCUCUUUUUCAGGAAGGGGGCACUCUGGGAACACGUCAACAUUGAAUAUGGGUGAAAAAAAGCCAGAACCUCUGGACUUUGUAAAAGAUUUCCAAGAAUAUCUCACACAACAAACACACCACGUAAAUAUGAUCUCUGGCUCUGUGAGCGGCGAUAAAGAAGGUGACACGUUACCAGGAGGUAUGAAGAAGAUUUAGGAAUGGCUGUACGCCUAAUUAUUGUGUUAACACAAAAUAGUACAAACAAAGCAUAUUACAGUAUUAACGCACAGGCACCCCUUUAUUUCCAUACACAGAGGUGGUACGUGCAUGAAUUCUGGGAAACGUAUUUGCGUAAAAUCAGUGUGUAACUAUGAUGAAAUCAUCCUUAUGCCAUUUUACAGUGAUAGAUAAUAUGUGGGCACUUUAUAUGUAUACUCACACUACGAACCCCCGGAUUUGAUCAGCACUCAAAGAAUUGGUCAACCAAUCGUUGUUUAAAACUCCUAAUUUAAGGAGUCAAAAAAUUUAUCCUUGCCCAUUUGCAAUAGGAAAAUGUAAAUUGAGCCCUGGUGAGUUGGCUUGCCUGAGGAUUUUGGUUUGCCAGCUGCCCGGGGGAUUGCCAGCAGAAGCUGGUACCUGGAGGCUGCAGAACCAGAGUCCCGCCGCCACUAUGGCGUGCAACUGUUUCAGUUAGUACUGAUCAGCACAGUUCCAUGGUGACUUGCAUUGCUAUGAUGUGUGACGACAUAUCACUCCUGUGUGAGCCACUAGGGAGAUAGCUGGUGAUCAGAAAUAGCUGAAGGACAGCUCCCUGUGGCUGCCUCUCACAACUAUACACCAGAGCUUAAUCUGGUCCUAGUGAGCAAAUGAGAGGUGAUUUAGUAAAAAUAAAGAAGAUAAGGAAAGUGAGUGCAUGUUUGGUGAGGAAUGAGACCUGGCUAUGGCUAGUAACCUUUACUCAGGCUUCUAAUAAUCUUGGUUAUGGUGUUUGGAAAGUCUAUGUUGGAGUUAACUGUACUAUCUAUUUAUUAUCUUGUAUACACUGUGUGGCCCCUGGCUAUAUCUUUCUUUUGUUUUUCUUUCUAACCCUUUUCCUUUCCUCGAGAUAUGGGAGAAAAGUGCUACUCAUUGACUCACUUUCUAUAAAUCAGGGCCACAAAGCCACGAUGUGCUCACCGCUAACUCUCCGUGCCUUGCUCUACCGGCAGCUGGGACAGACAGUGACCAGAAUGGGCUGGACCACCCCUCGGUGGAGGUAUCUCUGGAUGAGAACGCAGGGAUGCUGGUGGAUGGCUUUGAGAGAACAUAUGAUGGAAAGCUAAAAUGUCGAUACUGUAACUAUGCCAGCAAGGGCACUGCUCGUCUUAUAGAACACAUUCGCAUACACACAGGUAGGGGGGUCUAUCUGUGUAUGCAUGAAUAAACUUGCAAGCAGAGCUGGAGAAAUAUCACUAAUAUUGACCAGGCAGAUGUAUAACAAAGCUAACUAUCCCUCAAACCCUCAUUAAAUGUGAUCUUAUUUUUUGUUUAGAGUUCAAGCUUAAAUAGGGAAGCCUAUAGCUCUUCGAUAAUCUGCAGAAGACACUGCACUUGUCUUCAAGUUAAUAAAACUGGCAAAAUAUAAAAAUAUAUAAAAUUCAGUGCAGCAAGGAUUAAAGUUAGAUCUUAGGGAAAUCCCGAUCUCACCAAUGUAGAGAAAACCAAAUCAACUCUGCAAGAGAGAACACAGUCAGGCAACAUAAAAUAUUACUUACUUUUAAAAAAACUAAAAAAAAAACUUCAUUCACUGCACUCUUAGAGCAGGGGUGCCCAAAAAGUAGACCCCCAGAUGUUGUAGAACUACAACUCCCUUGAUGCUUUGCAUAUCUUUGGAAUGCCUUUAGAAUGGAAAAGCAUCAUAAAAGCUGUAGUUUUAAAACCUGCUGGGGAUCUCCCUUUUGGGCACCCCUGUCCUAGAGAAAUACUCCAUUUAUUUUUUAACUAUUUAGUAGAUUUAUUUUAGCAUUUUUAUUGUUAGGGGCUAAAUCUAAACACAGCUUGCAAAACCGCAGAUCUCUUGUCUGCACCCUUUGCAAACCUUUCCAAUCAGAGGAUCCUCUUUGAGAAGCUGCUGUGCUGGAGCUGCACGCUAACAGCUCACAGCUUUCCAAUGGUGGUUAUUGUUAUUAUUAUUGCCAUUUAUAUAGCACUAACAGAUUCCGCAGCGCUUUACAAUAUUAUAAGAGAGGGGAUUUCACUAUAAAUAGGACAAUUACAAUAAAAUGUACAGGAACGAUAGGUUAAAGAGGACCCUGCUCAAACGCGCUUACAGUCUUUAGGAGGUGGGGUAUAAAACACAAUUGGACAGAAAAUAGCAAUCAAAUUAGGUGGGAGUGAAGCAGAGCUGGAGGAGAGAGUAGAGUGCUGCCCUUUAGGAGAGAGCAAGAGACAGGUAUGUAAGGUAGAGGUUACUCUGGGAGGCCGUAAGCUUUCUCAAAGAGAGUGGUUUUUAGGCACUUCUUAAAGGAUGCAACUCUAGGGGAGAGUCAGAUGGCGGUAGGCAGGAUAUUCCAUAUGAAGGGAGCCGCCCGCUAGAAGACCUGCAAGCGUGAGUUGGCCGUACAGUUGCGAGCAACAGACAGAAGAAGGUCACGGGCAGAGCGGAGAGACCGAGAAGGGGCAUACCUAUGGAUCUGUGAAGAGAUAUGAGGGGCUAGAAUUGUUCAGUGUUUUAUAGGUAUGAUUCUCAAUAAGCUGUAUUACAGCUCAUUGGGAAGGCAGGUGUGCGUUAGCACAGUGCCCCUGCCACUUCUCUUAGCUUCUGAUUGAUAACCAGGGAGGUGUUUAUGCUUGCAAACAUAAAAAGUGCUGCUUUCUAUUGAAAUCUGCCUUUUUUGUCACAAACAUGACAAGUUCCAGCCAAAGUACUUAUUAUAGGGACACUAAGCACCAAAACAACAUUUGCUGAAUGAGGUGGUUUUGGUGUAUAGGUCAUGCAGUUGCAGUCUUGCUGCUCAAAUCUCUGCCAUUUAGGAGUUAAAUCAGUUUUCUUUUCUGCAGCUCUAACCACACCUCCCCUGGCUGAGUCUCACACAGCCUCUUCCUGAGUCAACCUUUUUUAGCUUCCCUUUUUUCACAGUGUGUUUAGUAUAGAAUUUCUUAUCUCCCUAAAUGGCAAAUAAUUGAGCAGUAAAACUGCAGGGGUAUGGUCUAUACACCAAAUCUGCUUCAUUAAGCUUAAAGGACCACUCUAGGCACCCAGACCACUUCAGCUUAAUGAAGUGGUCUGGGUGCCUGGUCCAGCUAGGGUUAACCCAUUUUUUUUAUAAACCUAGCAGUAUCAGAGAAACUGCUAUGUUUAUGAAUGGGUUAAGCCUUCCCCCAAAGCCUCUAGCGGCUGUCUCAUUGACAGCCGCUAGAGGCGCUUGCGUGCUUCUCACUGUGAAAAUCACAGUGAGAGCACGCAAGCGUCCAUAGGAAAGCAUUGUAAAUGCUUUCCUAUGCGACCGGCUGAAUGCGCGCGCAGCUCUUGCCGCCCGUGCACAUUCAGCCGACGGGGAGGAGAGGAGGAGGAUCGGAGAGCUCCCCGCCCAGCGCUGGAAAAAGGUAAGUUUUAACCCUUUUCCCCUUUCCAGAGCCGGGCGGGAGGGGGACCCUGAGGGUGGGGGCACCCUCAGGGCACUAUAGUGCCAGGAAAACAAGUAUGUUUUCCUGGCACUAUAGUGGUCCUUUAAGUUGUUUUGAUGCUUGUAGUGUUCCUUUAACCCCUUAAGGACACAUGACGUGUGUGACAUGUCAUGAUUCCCCUUUAUUCCUGAAGUUUGGUCCUUAAGGGGUUAAGCAAGUUGUAGUACUUUAUGUGUGUUGAGUGUUAAAAAUAGAGCCGUGUUGCAUACUGUGUGCGUAAUGUGUGUUGAAAUUGUUCACUUGCAAGUGGAGACAUUUCUCUCUGGAGUCUCAGGUGAUAAUGUAGUUGCUACAAAUAUCAGCUGUCUUUUAGUAGUCGCACAGCGCUUUUUUGCUGUCCAACAGUCUGAGACUUUGCUUCCACUGACAAAAACAGAUCUUGUAUUCCUGGAACAUGGCUGUGGAAGAAAACAGAAAUUAGUAAAUUGUAGCCCAGCAGAGCUAUCAUAGUCCUGUAAACAUGGCUGAAAGUAUGUUGCAGAAAUAUAUGUGAAUGCCAUCAUUCUUUCGUGGAAGCAAUACCUCUUAGACUACUGGACUUGCAAAACAACUGUUGAUAGUAAACAACAGUUUUAUCACCUGAUACUCCAAGAAUUUCAGUAGUCUCUGCUUCUGAGGGAAUAAUUUUAACAAUCUUUAAGCAUGCAAUACUAUGCUAUGUUUUUCAUUUUAUUACUUUGAACACAUUUAAAAAAAAAAUUUAAAUUCAAUGUAAGUAAUAUGGCAUGUUUUUUAGCUGUCUCUUUUGCUUAAGGUUGGGUUUCAAUAAUAAGCAAAUAGGUGUAACUUGUUACAACUUAAAGUCCAGUAAUGAUCCUAAAAUAAAAAAGUAUGUCUGUCUAUGACUGAGCAUCACAUGAGUUCAAUUUCAAUUGAAAAGCUUAAUCUUUGCAACUGCUAAUAAACCAUUUAUCAAACUACCUUUGCAGCUGUGGUUUGAAAUCAUCAAUUUCUUUAGCAUCAGAUUUGUAGUGCUUUUUCAGUUUUUAUAAACUUUGAAAAAAUUAAAAAUGAGCUUUUGUUUCUCACGUAUUAUACAGUUCUAUAAAUAUAAAGAAAACAUAUAGAAAAUUAUUAUUGCAAAUAUAAAGCCAUUACAAAUGUUUUAAUGAUAUGUACAGUUUCAAAACAUGGCCAUGGUUCCAUUUCCCUAAUCUUUUCAGCGGGAGCACCGAGGACAAUCCCAGUUUCUAUAGCCUGUAUCAAUGGGGAAAUUCUCCUAAUUAUUUCUCUCUCUUGGCUCUAAAUAUUAUCUAAAACCAAUUAGAUGUGAUCCAUUCUCUCCAGUUUGUCAAAAGCCAACUAUUUUCUCCUUUACUAUUUAAAAGAUUGUUCUGUCUUUAUCUCCUCCACGUUUUUCCCAGUCUUUAAUACGGACGAACAAAAAAGAAUGAGAUUAUAAUAAGAAGGAAUGGAUAAGGACAAGUAAACUGCUGAAAUCAUUCUGUAGCGCAUACUUGCCAUCAUGGAACUCUUAUUAAAUUACUUCACUCUGUAAAUAUGUAGCUUUCUUAGUGAUGAUUAAUGGCACAAGCAUAUUUACUAAUAGUUUAUGGGUGCGGUCUCCUCGUUUUCUGUCAAAGCAGCGUUCAGUUUUUUUCUAUCACUUUGAUCAUCAGUUCUAGAAGUAAUUCAACUUAAAUUAAUCCUAUAUUACAGGAACACCAACAAACCUAAUAAAAAACAAAUAUAAAACCUUAUUUAGUGAAUACCCUUAUUGAAAACAUGCAUUUCAUUUUCCUUUUUUUUUCCAUUGGUGAUAUAUUCAAAACAACUUGUAGAAGCUGCAGAUAUCUUAUCUGCAGCCUUCGCAAACCCUUCCUUUGAUCCCCAACCCAGACUUCCCGUGUCUGUCCAAUCACAGACUUCCCAACACAGCUCAGUGAGAGGUCUUUGCAAGGCAGGUGCUUUGAACAAUUGCCAUCUCUUGACUUUAACUCCACUGAGCUAAACAAACUAGGAAGUAACAGGACCUGUUGUGGAUUACAGCCAAUCAGCAAAGUUAAUUUAUAAAUGUGCCAAUUUCUAUUGAAAAAAAUGGAAAAGGGCGCAUUCAUUCUUCACACUUAAAGUACUUCAGCAAUCUAAAGUGCUUUAGGUGUUUGUAAUGGUCAUGUAACAGACUGGGGAAGCAGGCACAUAGCUGUUGGAAUUUGGGCAAAUUAUUGCUUCUAUAAAUAAUGGAAUGAAAGGAAAUGGUACGGGAAACAUGCUUGGACUGCUGACAAAAGUAUGGCAUGUUCACCUUAAGAGGAUAUGCAACAGAUAUUCCUUCUCCCAUCAUACUUUUACAACAUACAAACAUUACUUUAGAUAUAUAAGUAUCUGUUUUAGGGGAAACAUUUUUUUUUUUACUUUUGGAAUAAUAUAUUACAAUGCAAGCCUUAAUGAAUGUCUUAACUCCAAAUGUCAGGGGUUGUAAGUGAAAUUAAAGAAAAAACAAAAUGCGAACAAUUUACUUAAAGGGAUACCUAUAGUUAUCAAAACAAAGUUAGCUUUGUGAUGCAGUUUGGGUGUAUAGAUCAUGCCCCUGCAGUCUUACUGCACAAUUUUCUGCCAUUUAGGAGUUAAAUCACUUUUGUUUCUCCUUACACAGCCCUAGCCACAUCUCCCCUGGCUGUAACUGACACAGCCUGCAUGAAAAAAGGUUUCAUUUUCAAUCAGGUGUUAAAGAGACACUCCAGACCCCUAAAGCACUUUAGCUUGCUGAAAGGCUUUAUGUGUGAAGAGUGUGUCCUCUCUCUUCACUUUGCAAAAACUGCAGAUUUCAAAAGAAAUUGACACUUUUAUAAAUCAACAUGGCUACACAACAAAACCUGUUAUGUCCUGGUUUUGUUGGCUCAGUGGAGCAAAACUCAAGAGGCAGCAAUUGCUCAGAACACCUGCCUUGCAAAUACUUCUCAUUGAGCUGCAUUGGGAAGUCGGGAGAGGACUUGCAAAGGAUGCAGAUUUUGCAAACUGUUUAUACUCUCAACGGAAAUAUUCAUAAUUAAAUGUAUACAUGUGUUCAUUUGGGGUAAGAGCAGGAAAUAAAAAAAAAUAGAUUAAACAGACUUUGCAAUAAAGGAAGUUUAAACAUUAGACAUCUCUUAACAAGAAGUUUGGAAAGGCUGUGCAAGUCACAUGCAGGGAGAUGUGACUAAGGAUGUAUAAACAAACUGAUUUAACCUCUAAAAUGGCAGAUAACUGAGCAGUGAGGCUGCAGGAGCAUGAUCUAUACACCAAAACUGCUUCAUCAAACUAAAGUUGUUUUGGUGCCUAGUGUCCCUUUAAUCCAAGAUUCACAUUAUCUUGAGAGGUGUGUGUGUGUGUGUGUGUAUGUGUAUAUAUAUUUAAAAAAAAAAAAUCACACAAAACACAUUUCCUAUGUAGAGUUAUACACUUGUCUAUAGAGUCUAUUUCUGCUUUUCUUUGUAUUGUAGUAGUUAAAUAACUAUGUAGUUGCACUGUUCAGUACUGUGAUACUGUAUAAGUAUGUGUGUGAAAAGUUGUCAUUCCAGAGGUUUAGUAUUGUGAUUUUCUUUUCUUCUUAUUGUCAGGUGAAAAGCCACACCGUUGCCACCUUUGCCCAUUUGCUUCUGCGUAUGAACGUCACCUAGAGGCUCAUAUGCGCUCUCACACUGGGGAAAAGCCGUAUAAGUGUGAACUAUGCUCCUUCCGUUGCAGCGACCGCAGUAACUUAUCACACCAUCGCCGCCGCAAGCACAAAAUGCUACCCAUCAAAGGCACACGCCCAACUCUGGGCAACAAAAAGAUGUGGGGUGUUCUUCAAAAGAAAGUUAGCAGCUUGGGCUAUAGUCGUCGGACUCUGAUUAAUCUCAGCCCACCAUCCAUGGUGGUACACAAGCCAGACUACCUGAGUGAUUUUUCCCAUGAGAUCCCAAGCAUACAGAGUGAGGCAUAUGACAACCUAGCAAAGGCUUCACAUGUGGGAGGCCUGUCCCGAGAUCCUCAGGAACUCAUGGUGGACAAUCCUUUAAACCAACUGUCCACUCUAGCUGGACAGCUCUCCAGCCUUCCACCGGACACUCACAAUCCUGCCUCUCCUGACACAGGACCUUGUCCUGAUGAGAAGCCCUUUAUGAUUCAGCAACCUCCACCACCAGCUUGUGCUUCUGCAGUCUCCACCAGUGUACCACAGAGUUCCUCACCAGCCAGCCCUGAUUUACGUCCUACACACAACCACAGGAACUGUAGUCCAGUGGCUGGACCAAGCAGUGAGCGCAGUGGACGAACCAGCACUCCUAGUAUCAGCAACAGUCAGCCUAGCACACCUGCACCUGCUCUUCCUGUACAAGACCCGCAGCUUCUCCACCACUGCCAGCACUGUGACAUGUACUUUGCCGAUAACAUACUGUAUACUAUACACAUGGGUUGCCACGGAUUUGAAAACCCGUUCCAAUGUAACAUCUGUGGAUGCAAGUGUAAAAACAAAUACGACUUUGCCUGCCACUUUGCACGAGGUCAGCACAGCCAACACUGACUUUUCUGACCAUUUUUAAUAAACCCAGACCUCUGGAGACACUGUGUGUACAUGGUGCCUGUCACCUGAGGAAUGUAUAUGAUGUAAAUAUGUUUGUGUGCCUCAUUUGAACAUGUGACCGUAAUUAUGUGUGACAGAUAAUUUACUAUUUUUAAAAGAAAAAGAAAAAAAAAGUAUGAUGUUGUCUAGUUUCUGAGUGUUCCUGGCACUUGCCACACCAAGGCAGACUUCGUAAGGUUCCGAAUUAAAGGUGCAAAGUGGUUAAAUGGUUGCAUCCUGAAUGUGGCACCUGCUUAGCGGUCUUCCAAGUGUCUUUUAAUGUGUAAUGAGAGGUUCUGAUGAACAUGCAGUAAAGUCCUACAUUUCAGUAUUUCGGAGAUCCUUCCAGCUCUAUUAAUCAUUAAUUUUGGAGGAAUGCCAAGAAAAUGCACCAUUUGGAUUUGCAGCUGUCACAUCAUAUAUUUUAAUUAACUUUUAUAAUGCCUUCUUGAAGGAUUCAAGGCCCAGUGUGCUACACCUUAUUGCUACACUAGAGCUUUGAAUGAAAUAUUGCACAAAAUGUUUGACUUUGUAGCUUUCUAACCCAGUCAUGUCUUUGUUUUUUGUUAUCCCUUCACCAGUUGUACAGUGUUCAUAUAGACUUAUCCAUGAUGUGUUAAAUGUUUCUCUAAAGAAUCAAAUUACUCCAUAAACCAUCACGGCAUCAAAUAAAUCUGUAUUGUCUUCUCACUCAUCUUAUGUUUCCAAAUGCUGCUUGCAUGUGGUGGUUUUGUUUCUGUUGACACUUUCAGAUCUAGGGUUAUGUAAAUCCUUUUAUUAGGACAAUCCUGAUAUGUAAUCGUCUCUGAGGUCGUUUAAAACUGUGUUUGCACUAGUUUUAUUGUAGUCAAAC